AUGGAAUGUGCAAGCUCUACUAGUUCGUCGGACUGGGAAGAAGAAAUUGAAACUGUUGCUGCUCAAAUGGUUCUUCAAGAAGAUGUUAAGUCUAGUCGAACAUGGGUUCAUACAAUUAACAAAAACCGUGAAAAGUUAGGCGAAUUUCACCAUUUAGUUCCAGAAUUACGCCAAUGUUCGAAACGUUUUCAUAUGUAUUUCAGAAUGAGCAAAGAAGAAUUUGACUACUUACAUGAAUUAAUUUGA